AUGAAUCGAAACAAACGAAAGCCGAACGUUGUAUCGAAAUCUAAUGAAGACAAUGAUAAAAAGCAGCGAAUUGAUCGCUCUUGUCUGCCAAAUGCGAACAUGAACAGAUCGGUGAUUACUCAUCUGGAAAGUUUAUCCAAUGAAAUCAUCUACGAAAUCUUUGAUUUUCUUCAUUCUUACGACAUCUAUCAAGCAUUUUUCCAUCUAAAUACAAGAUUUCGACAACUGUGUAUCCAUCCGAAUCUUUCGAUUGCGAUCACCAGUCUAUCAUCCAAACAAAAAUCGUUUGAACGUUACUUUAACGAAUUUGUCGUACCAUAUCUAUAUCGAAUUCGAUCACUUGAUCUAUCUAAUCUAUUCCUCAUAGAUCUAAUUUCGAAAACAACAAACAAUCUUUUGCAUUGUACUCAACUGCAAACGGUCGUUCUCGGUGAAUUGGAAGUAUCUUAUUUGACAAAUAUUUUAAUAGAAUCGAUUCACACCGUGGAUGAUGUCGACGACCUUCAAGAUUAUUCACACGAUUUCAAUCAAUUAACCAGUGUUGUGCUAGUGUUGAAAAAAAUCAAUUUACAACUUUUUGAGAAGUUCGUUGACAAGCACUUUCGUCAACUUCGAAAAUUGACAAUUUCAGUACCUGACGAAAACGAUCACAUCAAUGCUGAACAAUGGCAGUAUUUGAUCGUUUCAUUUAUGCCUUGUUUAAAAACGUUUGACUAUCAAUUGGGAACCUUGUCUUGUUACCGUAAUGGACAUAUAUCGCAUAAAAUUCUCUUGAAGACAUUUCAAACUUCAUUUUGGUUGAAGAGGCAUUGGCAUUUCGCCUUAGAAUCGUAUUUACCUACUUUUCAGCUCAAGCAAGAGAUUCUUUAUUCUACCCAACCGUAUACACGAAAACAUUUUGUGCUCUCUGAUCAAGCGGAUUUCAUCAACAAAGACAAAGUUUCUUUGAACUACGUAGAUCGUGUAAUCAUAUUUGAUAUGUCAAUUCCAGAGAAUUCAAACAAAUAUUUUCCUGUUGCAACUGAACUGGCUAUAUAUGAUCGUCAUUCUGCCGUCGUCGAUGGACAUCUUUACGAGAAUUUGCAUUUGAUCUUAUCUCUUACACAGAUUACACGACUAACCGUCGACGAUGAACUGAUCAAAUACAAAGAUCUUUUAAAUCUAUUGUGUUCGUUAAUUAACUUACAUACACUGAGAUUGUCGUCGACGCAAUCGAGUUUAGACAAAAGUUUGCCGUCACAAAGAAGCGAACAGUUCUGUACGAUUUCCAAACAGAACAAAAUUGUCGACUUGACGAUCGAAGGUGAUUUCUCGUUGAAAACUCAUCAGUUUUUGCUCAACCUUUGUCCUCGUUUACAAUACUUUUCCAUUCAAUCACCAAGUAAAAUUUUAUUACCAGCUAUGAAAUUUCUGCAAUCAAAAAUCCAGAAAUCGACUUGUCAAUUGAUUUCCUUCUCGAUUACUCAAUUGUCUUUGACUUCAAUCGAACAAUUACUCGUUGAUAUCAGAUCGAAAGCGCUUUUUCACGAUUAUGCCAUGGUCACAAAUCAUUCGGGAUUGUUCAUUUGGUUUUAA